AUGCCUUCUUCCAGCCAGAUCUUCUCCGUCCUCGCGGCUAUCGCCGUUGCCUCCGUCAACGCCGCCAUGGGCCCUUCCUUUAGCACUGGCCCUGUUGGCUCUGGCUCAUGGAUCCGUGAGGCCACCUCGACUCUCAUCCUCCCCGAUAUUCCCCAAGGAUCUACCGGUGUUGCCUCUCUCUGGGUUGGAAUGGGCACUGACAAGGGCGACUUGAUUCAAUCUAUUGCCGAUAACUGGGACUCAAACGAGUGGAGCAUUUUUGCCUACACUCUCACCAAGACUGGAGAGAACUCUCAGCUACCUGUUCAGGAUGAGGACCCUACUCCCGCCAAGAAGGGUGACCGCAUUACCAUGCACUACAAGUAUGACGACUCUACCCAGGAGUACGUCCAGUACGUCUCCAUCAACGGAAAGCAGGUCUCUACACUCUCCACCUCCAAGGACCACAAAGCUAUGGGCUUCGGCAGCUCCGUCGAGUGUGGUGCCGAGGACUGUGGUACCAUCGGUGCUCACCAGUGGGUUGACACUAAGAUCACCCUUGACACUGCCGACUCCGACUACAUCAACACCUUCGGAAAGGGUGAGGGCGUUUCUGGCGAGAUGGCCACUGAGGAUGGUGGAAAGACCUGGGUUAUCAGCGACGUUGAUAUCCCCUCUUACACCUUUUAA